AGUGAAGAAAGUAAUGAAGAAGAAGAAGAAAAAGUUUCAUCAGGUCCUAAAUAUGAUGUUAAAAGAGGAAACCAUACUAACAAGAGUGAAUCUGCACCAAACGAUGAAGACGAAGAUGAUGAAGAUGAAGAUGAAUCUGAAGAAGAAGAAGUUCAAGAUUGGGAUAGUCAAAGUGAAGAGGAAUCUGAUUGGUCAAAUGAUGAUGUUAAAGGAAAAAAAGCAAAGACUAAAGAGGAAGGUAAAGAAUGAGAUUCCAUGCUUUUAUAAUGAAGCAGUAGUUCCCAAAGAGAAUGAAAAAAGCCUCUUGGGGGCCUGGAAAAAUAACAAUUGAAUUUUUAUUAUUAUUAAUAUUAUUGUGUCUCUGUCAUUAAAAAUAUUGGUUAUGUACUUUGUACAUUUAAAUUUAAAACUUUGUGUCCUGCAUUUAUGGAAGAAUAAACCUUUUACUUUAA